GUCCUCUCUUUCAUGUCACAAUGGGGUGGUGUCAACAGUCAAUCCAAGACCCCCACGUCCACGUCCACGUCCACGUCCGCUGCACCCUCGCCCGGCCCCGCGUCGCCCACGACCGCCCAGUCGCCCUCGAAGCUGCCGCCGUCUUCGCACUCGUUCGCAGAGUCGGCCACUGCGCUGAAUGACUUCACCAGCGAGCGCGCCUCGCCCAGUCCCGCCCAGCAGCCGCGCCAGCGCUCAGACACCGGCCGCUCGUCGCGCCCCAUGUCCAUGGUACAGACGUAUCAGCCGCCCAUCAUGGAGGUUGGCCAGGACACGCUACCCGAGCUGCAGCGCAUCUUCACGUUCCUGAACAGCCACUCGAAUAAGCUGUACCAGGAGGGCUACUUCCUCAAGUUCCACGACACAGACACUCGUGGCCGUCCCGCCCCAGACAGGAAAUGGCAGGAGUACUUUGUCCAACUCGUGGGCACCAUCAUGUCCCUGUGGGACGCGAGCGAGCUGGAUCAAGUUGGCGGCGACCGUGAGGUUAUACCGACUUUCAUUAACCUCACUGAUGCUGCAAUCCACAUGAUUCCCUCCAUGACCCUGAAAGACGGCAAGAAGCUCGACCAUAUCCUCAGCGUGUCCACGGCCGCAAGCAACAAGUAUUUGCUCCACUUCGAUUCGUACCACGCUUUGACGCAAUGGACCGCCGCAAUUCGACUUGCCAUGUACGAACAUACGACGCUGCAGGAGGCAUACACGGGAUCUUUGAUUGCUGGAAAGGGCAAGCUGCUGAACAACAUCCGCGUAAUUCUGGCUCGCGAGAACGCCAAGUACGAAGAUUGGGUUCGCGUGCGUUUCGGCGCAGGAACUCCCUGGCGCCGUUGCUGGUGUGUGGUUAGUCCGCCAGAUCAGAAGGAGUACGCCAAGCUGCAAAAGGAUGCGAAGGGCAAGAAGAAUCCCUACGAGAAGCAGACUAUUCUGAAGGGUGACAUGAAGUUCUACGAGACGAAGAAGAUUACCAAGAAGACGAAGCCGAUCGCAACAGUCAAGGACACUUUCGCGUGUUACGCCAUCUAUCCUCAGUCGAAGCCACUCAUCGACUCGUCAACAUUGGUCAAGAUCGAAGGAAAAAUCACCGUCCACUCUCAGCCAGAAACGACUACUGAGGGUUUCGUUUUCGUCAUGCCAGAAUCACGACCCGCCGUCUCAGGUUUCGAGAUCAUGCUGCAGUUCCUCUUCCCAGUGUACGAUACUUUCAACCUCUACGGACGACCGAAGAAGCUGAUUGCAGAUGUCUUGGAUACCCGUGGUCUCAUGUUCGCAAUGCCUUCUGACAGGCGAUAUGGAUACCUUGAACUUUGGGAUGUGACUGGCCUGAUCAACAAGGAAGGCAGUCAGGCUUGGUCUGAGCGACAGUGGAGGAAGCAACUGAAGGAUCUGACAUCUACCCGCAUGAACGCAUUGCCUGACUCUACCGCAAGUCCCGGAAGUCGCAGGAACACCGUCAGUCGAGCAGGUUUCACACCCUCGACGCGCAAUCUCAGGUUCCAAGAUGGUGGUUCCAUUCGCUCGCAGCCGUCAACUCGUCAACCCUCACCCUCGCGAGAAGCCAACUUCGACCCGCAAGUACCACGACGUGUUGAUUCUGCGCCUCCCACAGGCCCCUUUGCCCCCCCACGCCAUCAGCGAUCGGUGUCUGAGACUCCGCAAAACCUCUUAAUCAAGAGGACCCGCCUAGCGCAGCAGCAGCACAGUGUAGGCGACACCGACCGCCCGCCGACGCCACCCCAACAUGGCGUCGUGUACAACGAAACUUCUCAGAAUGGCUCGGCUCAACAUCUUGAGAGCUCUGACACGGACGAGUCUCCCGGUCACGAACCCCAGAAUCUGCCUGAACUUCCAGUCGCAGCCUCUGCACCGCCUGUGGGCCCGGUGGACCAGCCACCCUCCUUCGCUCACGCGUCGAACCAGCAGCCGCCCGUCAGACCUUCUGUGCCAGGUUCCACAAUCAAGCCAAAUCCGCACGUUGACACUGCGACUCUCAAUCAGAUGGCGGAUGUCGCACAUACUCCUUUGCCUGGAGGUAUUGCAGCUGCUGGCGCGGCAGCCGCCUGGCGGAGCCAGGAAAGUCUGCACAGUAGAAGAAGCGGAGAGUAUGGUGCGGAUCGAUCGCAACAGAUGCACCUCAAUCCUGCGCAACGACCCGUUACUCGUGAGGAUCGCUCGCAGAACAGGAUGCCUACAAUCCCUGCGUCACCAUACGUUGAGCACGCUGAAUUUGUGCAGCCACCCCAAGGAUACGAACCUGUAGCACCUCCUGUGCCAGAGCAUGGUGUGCCAUUGCAGUCUCAGUCGAGGCAGGAACUUCCCCAUCGCCCGCAUUCUGGUAGCAGCGGCGGUCCGAUUACCCGUAAACCAGUCCCAGGUCGGUCUCCCUCCUUUUCACAGCGCUCGACCACUAGCUCAAGUCUCGGUAGUUUACGACAGGAUGUAGUUGAUCCUGAAGCUCUUGAUGCCCUGAACCAGACAGAAAAUUCGCUGUUCAGGCAGCAAAGCAAGUCAAGCAGUCGUUACGACGAUGAUGCUAUCUCGACUUCAACCCCAGAUUACGCGAGCACGCAUAGCGAGGAAGUGGUAGUACGAAAGCUGCCGGCAAGACGGGAGGACCGACCUCGCAGUGGUGUUCUAAAGACAAUCGGUGACGCCUCUCUGCUGCCUCGUGGAGACACAACUGCUGGAGCCUCCCACCCUACGUUUGAUCCCAGAGUCACACCCUCUGCGGACAUGCCUUCAAUCGACUUUGGUCCCACUUACGCUUUGGGUUUCAACGAUAAGCGCCCAGGCACAAGUGGUACCAUGACCCCAGGGCAGGCGAUGCCGGGUAACGAAUUUUCACGCUCCAAGGAGCAUCUGGCUUCCUCUCCUACCGAGAUGCCUAACCGUAAUUCAUACAUCUCGUCAGGUAGGACAACACCGAACACUGCGUUGCACAUGCGCAGCACUUCCGCGUCUCCGAACGACUUCGAGCCACGACAGGUUGCAUGGCAGCCUGCCAUGGCGUCACCUCGAAGGGCAAGCGGGCACAAAAUCGACGCCGAGGAGUGGGUACUGCAUCGUGCUGCUCAACAAUCUCCCGGCCUGAUCAACUAUGCAAGGCAAACACCAUCACCCAUGAACCGUACACGAUCUGGCGAUUGGGCUCAUCUGCAACGCACUCCGGAGGGUCCAACAUCGCCUGCCGCGCGUCCGUCCAGCAGACUCACACUAAGUAGGCCACCUUCCAGAGGCGCAGAGGUUUUGCUCGAUUCGAAGUCUACUACCUUGUCUGCUCGUGAGCAGGAGCAGGUCGCCCGUAUAACCGGUACCCCCCUACUCAACAUGUCAUCAGUCGCCAACAAGAAACACCAUCAGCAGCCUUCGCAGGGUCUGACAGGCUACAUUGACUUCCGUGAGAAGGAGAAAGAGAAGGCAAAGCAGCAAAACCGGCACUCUGUAGCCAUGCAAGCUGAAAUCGAUAAGCGCAUGAUGCAGCAUAAUCAGCGACAGAUGCAAGAACAACAGCGUCAGAUGGAGGCACGCCAACGUCAGAUGAUGGAGAUGCAAAACAUGAACCAGCAAAUGGCUAUGGCGCAAAGCACAUACGCACAGAGCAAUUACGCGCCAAGCGUCAUGGGUAUGGGCACACCACAAGCUCUGGGAACCCCUACCGGCAUGCCUGGUAUGGCUUUCUCCACCCCUGGUCAGGCGCAGAUGUAUGCACAGCAAGGAUACUUCCCGCAACAGACGACACCUCAAAUGCAGAUGCCUGGAGGCUGGAUCCAGACGCCUGCACAGUCGAUGCAAGGGCAGUACUUUCCACAACAG